AUGGAAAGCUGUGAUAUCCCCCUCAAAGAAAUGUGUUUCUCUACUAUCCCUCUAGGCGGCCUCACAGAAGAAAACGAACAGCCUGGAUCCGGAACAUCCACGACAACGAUAAAUUACGAAUACUCGGGGAAUAUCUCGCUAUCAUUUGCUCAAAACUACCCUAGUAGUGUGCUCGAUACUUUCGUCGAGGUUAAGGCCACGGUCGACAUGUUUUUAGAAGGCUGCGCAUUGAAGAAGGUGCCCGGACCCGAACAUAAAGACAAAGUUCUGGUGCACGAUCUCUCGGUAUUAGAAAGUACUGCCAACAAGCCAUGCAGACUACGUACGAGUUGUGAUAAUUGGGAAAUUGGAAAUCUUAUUAAAUCCGAUGACACGGACAUUCUGAUACGUAUGGUAUUCGUUGAAAUCGAUACCAUCACCGUUGAAGGCCUCCGGGAACUGGGCCAUCACUACUCUAUACCGGCAAGGUUCUGGGGUUCCAAUAGCAAUGGUGACUUUGGCCAUAGAACCUUGAGUUCUGGUUUGGAUGAAAUUACAUAUAUCACAUGGCUUGAAAUCCUCACCAAACCAGUAUUUUUCCACGAGGAUACACCAGUGCCUGAGAACGAUGGCAGCUGUUGGUACCGACCAAGUUUUUCCUUCAAGUGGCAAUACUGCGGGCUGCGCUCCAAGCACAAGUACAAACUUGUUAUGUUUUGCCUCGAUUCCUGCCCACUCAUCCAGGAGCGUCUCGCAGGAGCAAUGAAGCACACAGAUUCACAGCUCAUCCUAAAGGACCCCUACUUCCUCUAUUGUCUAAUCAGCAGCCAGUGGUACGAUUGGAAUCUGGAUGCUUAUUUCAGGCUCCGGAGUCAGUUAGUGGGGAUUGAAAGAAGGGCAACUAGUACGCGCCUAGAGUCCUUCGAGCCGGAGUUUGAGCCGAACUUCCCAACAUUACAUAAACUUGCGAGGGAUAUCAUACAGAUGGCGGAGGUCUCACAAAGCGCAAUCUUUGUGAUGGAACGGCUAGUGCAUGAGCAUGAACAUCUUUCCCAUUUGUUUAGGGAGAGCGCGGACGUUUACAGUCGGGUGGAAGCUACAUUGAAUGAGAGGUUAACGCUGUUUAAGGGGACGCUGGCGAGUUAUGAGGCUUUGGGGAAACGGCUUACGAAUUUAAUUAAUUUUGUUCGUUCUACCCAUUAA